GGCCGUCAGCCCACUGCUGAGGCGGGGCUGGGCCGGCGCGUCGCCUCGCUGGGGCCGGGCCGGCGGAGGAGGUCGGGCCGCGCCGCACGCUAUGAUCGGCACCGUGCUCUGCUACGUGCUGCUGCCGGCGGUGCGGCUCCUCCGGGCCCUGCGAGAUGCUUUCUUUACCUGUCGAAAGAAUGUGCUUCUGGCGAAGAGCACGUCCACCCAGAUAGAAGGCAUCUUUGCUGCAACCAGAGAAAAGUUGGUCCAAGAAGAGCAAGAAGCCCUGCUCCAGCAGUGGCUGGAGGAAGGAGCAGGGAGUUCAUCAGCCAGUGAGAGUGCUCCAGUAGUGGGAAACAUAUCAGCUACACCCACCAGCACCUGGUUAGAAGGUUCAGAUCUAUUGAUGAGUAGCCUUAGCGACCUGAAUUCGGCUCCAGAAGUCGUGUGGUGUGCCAGUCAGCAGCUCACGGAGCUAUGUGCCUUGACUUCUUCAGAAACACAAGAUCAUGCAGUGACUAAACUGGAAAAAUUACCAGUGGAGGAAGCUGUAGCUGUAGUAGGCAAUGCACCUUGGGCAGCUCUGGUGACACAGGCAGAUCAUCAAAUAGCUGGCUGUGCCACUAUCAAUAUAGAAGGGCUGAAUGAAGACCCAGCGGUACUGGCGUGGAGUUUAGCAGGUGGCACAGAGAUGGUGCCGACAGAGUCCCCUGCCUGGCCUGCUCAGGAUGCUGUGCAGUUUUGUCCUCUCCCAGCGGAGGUACCCUACCAUGAGAUAUUAUGGAGAGACUGGGAGGAUCUUUCUGUCCAGCCUUGUGAGCUAGAACUGGGCUCAAAAAAAAAUCCUCUCUUUGAAUUUCGUGUCAUGUCUUACAACAUCCUUGCCCAGGACCUGAUGGAACAGGGCCACGGUCUUUACCUGCACUGUCAUCCAGACAUCCUGAGCUGGGACUACCGCCUUCCAAAUAUUUUGCAGGAGAUCCAACAUUGGGAUCCUGAUGUUCUGUGUCUACAGGAGGUGCAAGAGAACCAUUACAGGGAGCAGCUAGAACCGACGUUUGUGAAGAUGGGCUUUGCAUGCUUCUAUAAACGGAGGACGGGGAGAAAGACUGAUGGCUGUGCAGUGUGCUAUAAGCAAAGCAGAUUCCAGCUAAUCACCGUCAGCCCCAUCGAGUAUUUCCGGCCUGGCGUAGAUGUCCUCAAUCGGGAUAAUGUGGGUUUGGUGCUUCUGCUGCAGCCCCUGCUCCCAGAGGGUCUUGAUGUGAAGGCAGUCAGUCCUUUGUGCGUUGCCAACACGCAUGUGUUGUUCAAUCCCCGGCGGGGAGAUAUCAAACUUGCCCAGAUGGCCUUGCUCCUAGCAGAGAUUGACAAGAUUGCAAAAACUGCUGAAGGUCACUACUAUCCUGUCAUCUUGUGUGGCGACCUGAACUCCGUACCUGACUCUCCACUUUACAAAUUCAUCCGGAACGGUCAACUUUCCUACCAGGGGAUGCCAGCCUGGAAGGUGUCUGGUCAGGAAGACCUUUCCCAACAGCUGCAUUCUCGGAAGCUGCUGGCACCGCUGUGGCCAAGCUCACUGGGUGUAACAGACAACUGCCAAUAUGUUACUGUGUGCCAGCCAAAGAAACAGGGCAGACGUAAGUACAGCCGAGACUUCCUGCUCCAGUUCCAUUUUUGCGAUGUUGCCUGUGAACGACCACCGGAACUGGUCUUCUUGGAAGGUGUGACAGAUGCUAAACCAGACCCCCCUCCAUACUGGCCCAAGCACACUGCUCCGGUGAAUGACCCUGAUCUCCAGACGCUCAUCCCAAGGUCUGCAGGCAUUAUCCAGCACGGCCUCAACCUGACCUCUGUCUACAGCCAUUUCCUGCCGCAGAGGGGACGCCCGGAGGUCACAACCAUGCCCAUGGGGCUCGGCACCACCGUUGAUUAUAUCUUCUACUCAGCAGAGCCUGUGAAGAAUGGAAACAGAGGGGGUCGCAGGCUGUACCGAGAUGGAGUCCUAAAGCUGCUUGGCCGCCUUUCCCUUCUCUCUGAAGACAUCCUGUUGCUGGCAAAUGGCUUACCAAAUCCGUUCUGUUCGUCUGAUCAUCUCUGCCUGCUGGCUAGCUUUGGCUUGGAGAUCUCCAGCCUCAGAGAGGGGGCUAACUGCAGCUUUGUCAGCAGCUGAGAAAAUGUGUGUAAGGAAGGAAAAGGUCCUGUCUGCUCAGCUACAGUGGACGGGCUAGCCAGGAUGGCAGACAGCCCCGACGACACAUUCAUUCAACAAAUAUAACGGAGAAGACACAAAUUUGGUGUGACUGACAGGCUUGCAGAAACAAUUCAGCAUCUUCCCUCUGAAGGAUAGCUCAUGCCUUUCACAAACCCAUCUGAUACCAGACUGUAGCUUUUCACAGCAGUUCGGUUUUUAGCAUUUCAGUUCCUGCUCAGAAUUCCCCCAGACAUGGGCUAUCCCCCACCUAAAAAAGCAUGAGUCAGAACCAGAUCUUCCCUUGGGGCCUUCCACUCUGCUGCACACCAACUGCCUCUGUUGGCUGCAGAUUUGUAGCUAGCGGCACUGCUGAGCCAUUCAUCUUCCUCUGCAUGUGUAUCUGCAGUCACUCAUUUCCAUGCCUCCUUCUUCUGCCUUGGGCUGGCAGAAGUGACCAGUGAAACAGGCGAGGCACCUGCACCAGCUGAAAGCUGAGCCAGCGAACAUGGCUAGUUCUCAGUCAGAUCAGGUUCCUGACCUGGUUUGCCACAUGGCCACAUGCUGCUUGUGCCAAUAUGGUACAGCAGACAGGGACUGUCCCUGCCCCUGGAAACUAUGUUUUUUUCAGUCUAUCUACAACUACCUUCAGCAAGCAAACACUGGGCUAAAUUCAGUCUCUACCCAUUUCUCUCAUUCGUGUGUUGAUCUUUCUUUUUUUCUUGAGGUAAGAAAAUAGUACCAUUUGGCCACUGGUACCCAUUUUCCUAGCAUCUCUUGGAGGUGCCGCUUUACUAUUUCCCAUGCCUUGUUUCCGUACCUUGCUUGGAGCAAGCAAAGGCACUUGCAGGAAACACACAGCAGGAGCAGAUGUGGAACUGGGUUUGUUAAGCCACAGCAGGAGCAGGGAAGGCUCCAGAGAGUAGCACAGGGAUGGAGCCAUCUCUGGAACCACGCGAGCUGAGUCAGUUUGGAUGCUGGGAGCUGACAACUGAGUCAUAGGAUAUCACUUCCAGGCAGAAACAGCCAGAGAGGUAACAAGCAGACAGUAUGACUAUUUCACUUUAAUUUCUUCAGCUUGGGGACUUUCAUGCUUUUGGAAUGGAGGCACACUGAUUAAGUGCAUGUUGACAGCACAGAUUAAGGAUACUUCUUUCCUCAAAGGACUUAAACACUGACACCGUGUAAUGACAACCAGUUCAGCAGGAGACUAGUUAACACAGAGAGCUGCAUGCACCUCAAGUAAUUAAACUGAUGAAAGUACAGUGUGCUCACUUUCUCUCAGAUCUGGGCCUCCAGCCCAGACUGGGCUACAGUUUCUUAUGCAUCUACAGCAUUCUACUGGGGCAAGAGAGGAGGAGAGAAGAAAGGUCCCCAUCCAUCAAUCCCACUCUGACAGGAUGGGAGACCCUAACGCUUUGUUAUUACCUGGCACUAUCCACUGUAUAUCUCUGAAGGCCUAUAAAUAUUAGGCAGUCUUAACAGUCCUCCAGAAUGCAAAGAGGAAUUAAUUUGCAAGAGAAACAAGAGAAAAUCAGAUCUAUUUUGCUCUCCCUAUAGUUGCGCUGAAAGCUGGAGAGAGAGCUAGGAAGAGAGCCCAAUUUCCAAGAGCACAUACCUCUGCCAGGCUUAGCAGAAUGAACACAUCCUUCGUCCCUCAUCACUUGUGUGGAGGGGCUGCAUCACCCCACCCUUGGAUUCCUGCAUGCUGACAGGCUGGCUAUAUGCAUAGGACUGGGCCUGACUUCAGAAAGAAGAUCCAGAGAACAACAGAUUUUUAUAUACUAAGUGGGCUAUAAUGUGCACGAGACAAGAAGGAUGGGAGAGAGGCAAAAAGCUCCAGCCUUAUCUGUGUCACAAGGGAAUGUUUUUGGCCAGCCUAGUUGAGCAACAGCUUCUCUUACAGUGCUUUUAUUUAUCUGAGCUCCUCCCUAAUUUCCCUUUUGUAAGCCAUACGGGAGCAAUAUCAAUCCCAGUCAUUAGCCUGACUAAAGAAAUUGGAUUUUCUUCCUCUCUAUCCGUACAAACUCAUCAGAUGCAAUACUUCCCAUCUUUGCCCUCAUAACUACUGCAUUUAAAAUCCAGCCUUUCUUAAGGAGGCAAGGGCACAUCAUUUUGUAUCUCCAUUGUGAAGCUUCAAGCAAAGCAAUGCCACACCGUACAGCUAGAAAGGGAACAACUUAUGAGACGGUAGCACACUCAACCUUUGCAUGCACAGCCAACAAACUGCAUCCUGCCAGCCUUGCUUGGUGGACACUCCAAACCUAUCAGAAGGAAACCUUCGGCCCCAGGGGAGACCUGUGAACACAGCACCACAGCAAAAGACACAGCCUCAGCAGCUGAUCUGUGAACAUUUCCACAAUGUCUGGCCACAGCCUUACACAAUCAUCAUUUUAUGGUAUUAUGUUUAGUUUAUGGACAACUCUUUCAAGAGUUACUUCCUCCAGUACAGGCAAAAAUUUGGGAGCAAGCGAAUCACUGUCUGACUCCCAACACUUAAAAAGGUGUGACUGCCUUCCAGCACACGAAGAGUAUCUGGCCUUUCAGAGGAGCUUGCCCUCCUCAUUGCCCUCUCAUCUGUUGCGUCAGCCAUGCAAAGAAACUUAAUGACACAGAGAUGCAUCUCAAGCAAACCUCAAAGAUGAAAACACACCCCCAGAGGGGAGGAAGAGCUAGGGAAGCAGAGUCCAUUCAUCCUAGCUGCUUCCUGCAUCCCUGCAUCUUGUCUGUAGGCCCCAGUGAGCUUGGGCAUAGCAUUUCAGAUUGUACAGCGCUGAGCAGAGUUUAUAGAUCUGGUUCCCAGGGGUGCUAGCAGACACCAAACAACAACAAAAAAUGGAUAGACCACUUUCAUCAGUAAUUCCAGAGGAGCACAUCCUGCUUGUGUCCCCUGACUGUGACCCUGUAGCACUAAAACUGUAGAAGACCGCCAAGUGAGAACAAAAGCAGAAGUACUUCACAUCGUGACCCAGUGCAGAGACUGAGUACAGUAUUCCCCUCCCCUCAUACACCACACUCCUGUUUGUGAGCUUUCUUCCAUUUCCCUCACCAAAUCAUUCCUUCUGGUCAGGAAAUUAAGCACUGCAUGUUCUGACCAAUCAGAAACACAUUUUCAGCUUUCACCCAGGCUCAGGACAAAGUCUGAGGAAAUCUGAAAGGGAAAGGAAAAGUCUCGUGGGGUUAGAAUAGGGCCUGGAAUCAGGAUUCAGGAUUUGGUCUGGUUGCUGCCAUGUAACUCCUCACUGCAAAAAGGAACUUCGAUCACACGCAUCACCAGAGCUCCCUGUGGUCAGCAGUACAGGUUGCCUGUAUACACACCAUGUAACUGUGUGGUUGUGCAUACUUCAGAUUUCCUUCUCAAGGAAUGAAGUAUUUGCUAAAAAAGCACACGCAGAAAAUGCUUCAUCUUUCUGUAUUUCAGUUUCCUGUGUUAGCAUGAUGGGAACACUCCCCUCGCUGGCCAGUGGAGCAACACACCAAGUAUUCGCAGUGCCUUUUGUUCACAAAACACCAAUGGAAAGUGGAAAUUUUUCUCCAGCUGAGGUGCAAGCAGAUAGCAACAACCACAAGGAUUCAUGCGUAAACGACUCGGCAGGGCCCAAAGCUACACAAAAUGACCAUCGCUUCCUCUUUUUAUUGAGUUCUCUGCAGCUAGGCCAGGAAUACGCUUGGAAACGACACCUGACUCUACACCAGCAAAAAGCUCCGUGCAUGUUUGCUAACUCCUCUUACAAUACUUGGGCAUCAAGGGUCCCUUUUCCAUCAGAUAUGGUUCUGUGCAAGAAUUCCUGAUGCAAACUGUGCCCAAAUCUAACUUCUGAUGCAAAGCCUCACCUCCCUCUGUCCCGCUCACCCUCCUGCCUCAAGUGCUGGGACUCCCCAGUCCAACUCCUCAUCCUUCCAUCGUCCAUCCCUUCUCCCACUUUAUGGUGGCCCAUCUCCCUCCCAUACGACGCGCACAGGAAGGCCGUUUAUUUUCCAGCACGGCCCCGCGUUAGGAGGGCGAUUCAUCGGCACCCGGCACCGUGGUGGUGGUGGUGGCAGAGACCCUCGGGCCCCGCUGCCGAUCCGCAAGGCCGGGCCCGCGCCGCUGCUCCCGCAUUUCGCCUCUUCCCUUCGCGCGCCCCUACGG